AUGCGCGCUUUGCCUGAGCUGGAGAUCCAUCUUAUCGUCACCUCGGGCACCAUUGCUGAGGAUGUGGCUCACUCGGGAACGCUACUCGAGAACUGGCCGCGUGCUUGCCAGGUCGGACACCUCACGCUGUUCAUGUACGACAACUUCUUCUUGAAAGGAAAGGAAGAAUUCGAUCGUAUGGCGGCUUUGGUCAGGACAUGGAUACAUGCGGUCCACUGUGAGACGUGCGAAGUGAGAUCGGAAUGGCAGUACGGGGGCCUUAUUGUAGGCAGGUGGGUACGGGAGAAAGAUGGAACGUGGGCAGAGGCGGACGUUGCCAAGUCUGCCUGGGGUGGUCCGGGACCACCUCCCUCCCAAGAACGUGUGAUGGAGGUGUAUGAUGCCGUCAAGCGAGCGUUGCCGGGUCCUGCUGGUCAGUCUCAAUGA